AUGUCUUCAUCUUCAACACAUCAUUUUGUUUCAACAAUUCUUGCUAAACCAAAUAAAACAUCAAAUGAUUUACAAGAAAUAAUUAAUAAAUGGAAUGAUGAUUUAUUACAAAAUGAAGAUUAUCUUCUUCAAUAUGCUCAUCAAUUGAAUCAAAAACAACAAUUACUCAAUAAAACAACUGAAUCAUUAAUUCAAACUCAAGAUUUAUUAACAAAUCUCGAAGAAAAUUUAGAUCAAUUUCAAUUAUCAAUUCAAUCAUUAUCAAAAUAUAAUGAUGAAUUAGAAAAUAAUAUUGAACAAUUAAAAAAAGAAAGUAAAAAUCUUUUACCAAAUAUUCAAUCAAAUCAUAAAAUAGAAGAGGAUCGUUCAAUAACUUCUGACCUUAUGGAAUCGGUUGAUAAUCAAUUGAAUGAACUUGAUAAAACGAUGAAACAACUCUAUGAAAAACUUCAAAUAAAUACAGAUAGUUCAAUUGUAAAUACAAUAGAUGAUUUACAAACAUGUUUUCAUGAUAUUCAUAAUAUUCAAGAAUCAAUGAAACAAAUCAAAUUAUAA